AUGCUCUUUCCACGACAAUUCCGGCGUUACCGUAAGCGUGCUUCCAUCUUUUUGUUGGUGACAUUCCUCUUCGACACGCUAUAUAUCCUUUACUCUCAGCCGCAACCAAAGAGAACGGACAAACUCUCACCUUCACUUGUCGGGAAGAAGAUAUUCAUUGCCAGUAUUGCGAGGAAUAGCGAGUACAUGCUGAGAUUGUAUUGGAAUACUGCGCUAGUGAGCUUAUGCACUUUCCUUGGACCGCAAAAUGUAUACGUGUCCAUUGUGGAAAGUGGGAGUUUAGAGAAUACCAAAGGGGCUUUAAUCGAUUUGAAAACGGAGUUGGAUAAAAUAGGGGUGGACAAUAGGAUCAUUCUUGGUGAAGAUGCUGUGAAGCAGGUUGAAAUGCUGGAGACAACGCCCGAGGAGGGCAAGAGACAGGGGUGGAUUUUUACCGGGAAUGGAACGGAUGGUUGGGAAAAGAGAAGGAUACCGCAUCUGGCAGCAUUGAGAAACAAAGCGAUGGAACCGCUUGUCGAAAAUGAGGACCAGAAGUGGGAUAGGCUGUUGUGGAUUAAUGAUGUUAUAUUUACGAAUGAAGACAUCGCUACCCUUCUGUCAACUCGCGAUGGCAAUUACGCAGCUGCCUGUGCUCUGGACUUUUCGAGAAGUGCAAACUAUUACUACGAUACCUUCGCUCUCCGAGAUUCUUCAGGUCAUGAGACUUUAUCGGGAACUUAUCCUUACUUCUCCUCAUCCAAGUCUCUCAGUGCUCUUUCCAAGUUGGCUCCUAUCCCGGUCCAAUCAUGCUGGAAUGGUGUCGUCGCCUUUGAUGCUUCGCCAUUCUAUCAACGUUCUGCAGAACCAGAUUCAUCAUACUAUGAAACCCAUGACCCCAUCUCGGAAGCUGGCCGGGAUCCUAACGCUCACUCUCAAGCACAAGGAGGAAUGAGCAAUCAUGGACUCAAAGCCCGAGGUCUGUCAUCUUCGCCUCAGACUCCUCUCCAAUUUCGAGGUAUCCCCGAUUCACUUGCAAAAUGGCACGUUGAGGGGAGCGAGUGUUGUCUCAUCCAUUCAGACAAUCCACUCCGCGCUAAAAAAGGCAUCUGGAUGAACCCUAAUGUUCGCGUCACGUUUAAUGAAUCAACAUAUCCUCUUGUCAAUCCAAAUCAGCUCAUCCCUGACUCUGUCGCCUUGCGGGAUGAGGCCAUAGCCAACACAAUUUCCCGCUCUCGAGGCCCAGAGGGUAGUGCUGUGAGAAGAGGUCGGUGGCCAGGACUAAGUGAACUCUUCUGGGGACGCUGGGGGAACCGCAUUGGUCGGUGGUUUGGCUGGUUAGCUGUGAUAGGGAAGGAGAGUGUGAUGAGCAAUAGGGUAGAGGAAUGGAAAAAGGAUGGAAGGAAAGAAGGUGAGACUCGAGAGGAGCCGGGUAGAGAGUGCUUGAUCAAUGAGAUGCAGGUUCUCUACCAGAAUGGCUGGAUACAUCGUUGA